AUGAGUCCACAUCUGAUAGUGGAGCAUCUGGAAGAGACUCCAGAAGAUGAUUCUGACCCGAUUCUGCAAGUUUCAGUUGCCAAACGAUUUGUCAUUGCCUUACGCGGCCUUGGAAAACGUACGGAGAAGCGACUUUGGACUGUUUUUGUCAGACCUUCAACCACUGACCAACCAGGCAUAAGCGACUCCUUACGUGCCACGGAGACACUCCCCAGUGUAGCUCAAUGGAUUUCUGAGGUACGCAAACUGUCACACUACGGUACGGUUCAGUCUCUUGGUGAUUACAAAAUACGGUUAAGCGAGUUAAAGGCAUUGGCCAGUCUCCUCAGGACGUGUGCCGAAUUUACAAUUCGCGAUUCAGAUACGUACCAUACAGCGCUUUCGGAAAUUAUUCGUCUUUGUGAACACCCAUUCCUGAAGGAACGCAGUUCGGACUUACAUGUCUACCGAGAACAGAGCAUAGAAUUUAUUUCCCAUUUGGGCUAUUUGUUAUGUGGCGGCAAUGAGAAAAUUCAGUUGAGUAUAUGCCAUGUCUUGGAAGAACUUUACGAAUCAACUGAAGCGAGAAUACAAGAAACACCAGAUGAGUUUGUCCAGCGUGUGUCCCCAGAUUUCCUUCGUUCCACUAUUGAGAACAGCGAUGUGAUUGAAUAUAUAUUCAAGCUACAUGUCGAAAUGCUGAACUUCAGUCAGCUGAGAUUUACCACACUGCGCUUGAUACGUAAAUUGGCAAAAAAUUCAGCCGACUGUUCCAGACGUCUGAUUAGUUUGAAUGCACCGAAGUUUAUUUGUGUGUCAAUGUGUACUCCGGCAUUUUUCAACGAACUGGUAUCCAGUUCUGUUGAAGUAAUCUGGAACAUAAUUGACCACCCAUACGACAAUAUGCAGACUGUUUCAGAUUGGGUCACCCAAAUGGGAGAACCGCAGUGCCUGUUGCAAAUUCGGGAUGCUUUAUUCAAUCUUCUGGCUCAAGGACACUCUCAAGUUUGCCGAAGCAUUCGCAAUGACCUGCUGACUUUACUGAUACUUGUGAUGAAACUGGCUGCAACUGCAAACGUUUCAGACAAGCCACCGCUAGCCAAACUGGGGAUUGUAAAGCAACUCGCUCAUCUGGUGACUUACGAACACAUAAAAUGCGUCAACCCUUUAUUCAAGAACCUACGGCUAUCUCCAAACAACGAAAACUUUGAUUUAAAGAAACUGUUGUUCUUGUUUCUGACCAAUUUGACAGAAGAUUCGUGUGCAGUGAAAAUUCUGUCCGAAACACAGGUGAUCGACGCCUUGCUUGACUGGGCUUACCCGACUUCAAAAAUUAGAGUCUCUGAUUUGGACGAAGAAGUUAACCAGAGAGAAGAAAACCACAGUAAAAACGAAAUUAAUCUAGAAACUGGAUCGACAGACAGCGCUUCCGCAGAAAACACCUCACAAAAUGAUCCAUCUGGCAGCGUUAAACUUAGUGAACUGUCGAUCGAUGAAUCACCAAGAAAGUCGCUUAGCAUAUGCAACGCAAGACUGGAUGCCAUUGCUCAGUGGCCAGUCGCAUUCAUGGAAGAGCUGCAGUUGCACGCUUUGGAUGCCAUGUCUAUAUUGUGUCCAAUAUUACCGGAUGAUUUUCUGCUGUACGACGGACCGAACCGGGUGGCAACUUUGCUCAAUUGGUGUCAGACUGCAGGCGAUUUUGUUGGACAAGGUAACAGCUUCCAUGGAUCCGGCGGACGUCAUACUAGACGCGCUCAAAUGCGGUACACCUUGCGUUUGAUUCGAAGUUUAAUUGUCGCCAAAGACGAGAGAAUUAUUAAAGUACGUUGUGAUGCACUAUGUAUCCACAACAUCAUUAAAAUUGCUUUACCUUAUUCCGUAAACUUCUUACACUCGCCUAUCACCUCACUCCUCGGUGCUUUUCAGAGUUUUAUUGGCCAGGACCUCGUACACUUACUGGUUUCUGGUAACCCUCUCCGAUCUUCUUGGCGCGGUAGAGCAGUUCAGCAAGGACAGCGAGGGGAAGGAUGUCAAACUUCCAGGCUGUCGAAAGAAGAUGACUUUGAAGUGGACGACAUUGAUCUGGAAAUACAGUCAGACAUUCUGUUUAUACUGGCAAGAAUUUGUGAAGAUAAUAUGCAGCAAAAGGAACUAUUCGGAAAUGAGGGCACGGAUAUGUUGCUCUUGACACUAAGCUCGUUACCCCAGAGGCUCAAGAAACUUGAGGGCCAGGGUGUCCUUUGUAAUUCAUUUUCGAACAAUCACAGCGAUGUCGACAACAGCCUCUUGAUUUCAAACCAUCCAGUGGUAAAACUGGCUAUUAUGCUUGUGGAUGCAAUUUGGUGCUGCGUUAUUAGAUGUCCCGAAUCGGAAGCGUUCUUUGUGUCCAACCAAGGCUUGAGGAUGCUGCUCGAUUUAUUAGAGUGGUACCCUAACGAAAUAUGCAGUCAGUUGCUGGGAUGUCUGGUUGACUUGACUGAAAACCCGCAGUAUGUGCCUCGACUUUUGGCUUGGUGCGGUUGUAGGCCGCUCUGCAGUGAUGAUCGAAAAAACGAAUGCAACUUUAAUUUCCAGUCGCAGGCGGUUUGCAAGCAUGCUCUGAGAAAUGGGAAUGCUACCGGUAUUAGUCAAUUUACCUCAGCGGCCUGUGGACCAACCCUUCCAAUGUUAUUGUGCAACCUAUGGCGCUGGCUGGAACCCGAGCCCUUUUGCUUACAAUGUGAGCCAGGUAGUGAAUUGGAGAGUUCACCAGAUCUGGAUAGUCAAAAAAGUCGAGAUUCAUCAUGCACUGCUCCGACUUCAGCAGGACACGAUAGGCUCCGAAUUAACAUUUACGCGCUGUUUACAAGAAUGGGGUUCCAGGACCACGAAAAUUUAUCAACUCAAGAUCGAGACCACGAAAAUUUAUCAACUCAAGAUCGAGUGACUAUGUGCAGAAUUGAGCGAUAUUUCCACAUAAAGAAUGCUGAAGUACGGGAAUCAAUGCUGAACGAAAUGGAGGUCGAAGGGUUGCGUCCGACUACACCAGAUGCAGAGGUAUUGCAACACCUGCGACACUGGGGAAUACGCCAGUACGAGGCAAUACUUGAAGCGCAACGUACGCGAGCUCAACGGCAUGGCUUCUUGGCAGAGUACUUCAAAAGAACUUCGAAUAUAAACUACCUAAAGGAAGCCAGGUUGAAACAGCGAAGUGCUAUUGAAGCGUCACGCAUGGGGUUCUCUUCGAAAUGGGGGUUACAGCAAAAUGGUGGUGAGACGGCAUCUGACUCCACUGAUACUGGUACGGUCAAAGAUGAUGUGAACAAGAUUUCAACAAAUUACCCCCGAACUGAAUGUGUAGAUGGGGUGAUCAAUCAUAACACUGAUAUUUCAGGAACAAACGUGACGGCCUUUGUUUCGAAAAUGGUGACCGUGGAAUCCACGCCAGCGGAGCUUUUCCACAGACCGAACAAGUUGGAAGCAGAAAUUCUCGAGGCUAUUGCCCAAAUGAGUUCAUAAUGUGAAAGCAAUAUUAAGAUUCACAAUUCAUCAUGCUGCACCCUGGAAUUCAUACUACAGUAUUUGGACUAUGAAAUCGUUAUUUCAGAACAAAGAACAUC